AUGGAUUUUAGUGAAGAAGAGAAACAAAAAAUUAUAAAAGAAGUGAAAAUAUUAUCAAAACUGAACUCCGAUUUUGUGGUUAAAUAUUACAACUCGUGGUCUGAAGAGAAACAUGUGUUCAUUCAUAUGGAGUAUUGCUGUCAAACACUCGGAGAUGUAAUCAAAGACAAAUCCGUUGUAUUUGGCAGACAAUUGUCGGAAGCAAUGAAUUUAUACGAGUAUUUCAUUUCGUGUGAAAUACUUCGGGAACUCUUGCAAUGUUUGCAAUACAUUCAUGACUUAAAUCCACCGGUCAUUCACCGGGACUUAAAACCUACAAACAUUUUAAUUGUCAACAAUACUAAUAAUAACCGGUUUGUAAAACUCGGUGACUUUGGUGUGGCUACACAUCACGGCAUGACAUCCAUGAGCCACACCUUAAACAUAGGAUCCCCACAAUAUAUGGCACCCGAAGUGUUUCAGAGCCGUUACACCACUAAAGUAGACAUUUAUAGUCUGGCAGAAGUGUACGGUUUGACCACAUUUUCAGCCAAUUUCCACAAAUUAUAUCAAGUAAUAGGACUAAUGUCUCACGGAUUGGUUGACAACCGACCGACUAGUAGUCAGAGAAGUGUCCACACAUAUGGUCUCUCUUAUGGAGAGGCCUAUCAUUAA